CAUAUUGCAGGAUAUCACAAGAAAUUGGCGUCUGAACAGCAUGACCUUUAAAGGUCAUCAAAGGGGUCAACAUGUACUCUGACGUCACGUGAUACCAAUAUUUUCAAGAUGGUGAGAGUAAAAAAAGCUUGAGUUGCAAAUCUUUUUAUAAUUUGAUGAAUGUAGAAGGGAUCCGCACUAAAAUUGAUAACAGACAAUCACAUGAACAAUGGCUAGUGCUGAAGAAAGCACUGAGGGAGAAGAAAAAGCUGUUGAUAAAGAGGCGGUUGCUGCAGAAUUCCGCCGUAUGAAAGCUCCCAACAAGAAACGACUAGAGGAUGAUAUAGAGGUACUGAUGACCCAAAUAAAGGAGAAAGAAAGUCAACUUAAAGCUAACAACAGCAAAUCAGACGAAAGAAAUCAGGAAGAAGGCCGUAAUAUACGCGCUGAAAAGGAGGCCAAUAAUGAAAGGCGAAAGAAGAAAGAUGCCGAAUUACGACAACUUGGAGUCACCAUUAGAUCACAGCUGGACUCUCUGGCUAAAGUGCAGGCUCAGUUGACAUACAAAAGAGAAGACCGUAUCAAUGAGGCAAUACGCAGACUGGAAUACCAACUGAAAAACCAGAAUUUCUCACUGAGGGAAGAAAAGAAGAUUGUCAGUGAAAUAGAUAGUCUUAAGCGCUCAAAGAAGGCUUUGGUUCAGUACACUGCUAUGAAGAGAGAGUUGGAUUCUCUGAGGGACAAGCAGAGAAGAAUCAGGGAAGAGAUAGGGCACUACAGCAAAGCAGUGACGGGGCUGAAGAACAGGGAGGGGGCUAUUAGGAACUCAUUUAAAGCAAUGCGAGAGCACAAUGAGCAACUCAGGAAAGAAAUCGAUGCCUUAUUUGAUGAGAAACGAAAAAUGAUUGCAGACUUCAAAAAGUAUGAGAAUGAAUAUUAUAAUUGCAAACGUAUAACUAAGGAAGUUCAGUCAAAGAAACGAGAAGAAGAAAAACGUGCUCAAUUGGCUGCCAAACAAAAGGAAAUUGCUGAAAUAGAAGCCCUAAGGGAGCCCUAUGAGCAGGAGAAACAACUAUGUACAACUUUGAUAGUUUAUUUACAACGGUUUCUGUCUCAGGAGACAACGCAGGACAACCAACAAGAUACUCCCUCAACACCAGAUGCAGUAAAGGCAGUUGAAAAGGAGGCUGGUAUGUUUGUGUUGCGUAGGAAGAAAAGUGAUGAAGAUGAUGUGUUCUGGGGAGCUGGACGUGGCAAAGCUGGCAAACGAAACAAGAAAGACAAGAAAAAGAUAAGUGUGCCAAAGCAUAUUCAGCACAGUCCAGAGAUAUUUGCUCAGUUUGAUGCAUUGAACCUCACAGCUCCAUCGACCAUGACUGAAGUACAGAUCUCAAUUGAACAGUUACAAGCCAGAAAGGCAUAUUACCAGAAUGCUCCAGCUAUUGUGCCAUCACAAUUCUCCCCAACAAGUCAGGUGUCUACUGAUUGGACAAUCAGUGAAGCAACAUCGCACACUGGAAGUCUUGUUAGCGUAACUACACUAGAUAGCACAACAUCUGAUGGUUCCGUCAUCUCAGACGUCGACCUAGAGUCAACUCUCAAACAGCAGGACUUUCAAAAUAUUUUGGUAAGUGAAACUAUAGACGAUGCUGUGGAAGAAAGGUCCAUAUCCCCUAUUGAAAAAGACAUUAAUAAAGAUAAUGUCGGAAAAGGCACCACAGAGGGACCAGGUGUUAAUAUGGAGAAGGUUCCAAGUACAACUCUUGUCAUGCGGAGUAUAAGUAGUGAGAAUGAUGGAUCAAGUAUAUGUAGCCUUGACAACCAUGUUAACAAUGCCCAUGAUGCAACAGACACUGAGGAAUCAGGUAUCGAGCUAGAUGAAUUCACGCACGAUCUACCCAAAACUAAUAAACAAUGUCCCAGAGAUAAACUAAAAUUGCAUAUACUUAAAGACAGUAAUACUAUCAACAACGCACAUGCAGGAAAUGAAGUGGAUGCUGAUAGUGCAUUAAAUAAUAUGAACAACUGUAAUGGCUAUAUAGAUGAUGCUGAAAACAAGGAUGAUAUAGCUGAUACCUGUAAUAAAGACACUGUAGCCAAUGAGAAAGUGACUCAAUGUGAAGAUUCUAGUGAUAAGUUUGACACAGAGAAUCUUGUUAAUGGUGAUGUUGUUGAGGAGUCAUAGCGUAAAGCUCAUUCUAUGUCUCACUAAUUUUAGUGGCUUGUUUGAAAUACUGUAUGAGGGGGGACUGUAACAAAUAUAUCAAGGACCUAUUAAUUGAACUGUUUUUUUAGUUAAAAAAACAAGCCAUUACAUAAUCAAAAUAUUGAUCUGCCAUUUUGAAUUAUAAUCAACCAACACCAAUUGGUAUUCACUUCUAAUGUAACAAUUCAUUACUUCAGGGAAUUGGCGCACAUCGCACACAUCAAUGAAUUAUAUUCCGAUUUAUCUAAUAACAUGUACCCUUAACACACAAAUUUUAUGUAACUCCAAAUCAUCUGGUGAUAUUCACAGGACCUCCUCUUAUUAAGAACAAUAUUCAAUAACUAACUCUCAUUCUCAGAUAUUCUGAAAUUUAAAAAAUCAUGACAGCCUGCAAUGUGCACCAUGAAUAGACAUUGGUACAUAUCUCUUUUCAAGCUUAAAAAUUGCUCACCUAAUUAACAGCAUGAAAAUUUUUGAUUUUUAAAGGUGAUUAAUUCACUUUUAUAAUCCAUCUUAAGUAUUUUGUACUGUACAAUAUACAUUAAUAAAAAGGAGGGUUUGUAUGAAAGUCUAUCUGAUGAAGUUAUAGGUUGUUCUGCUUUUGAAAUUUGUUAGAGUAUUUUAGGAUCAGGCUAAGAGACGGAGCAACUGAAUUGUUUUUGAAUAAACAAACCGGAAAAUAUGCUUUUAAAUAAUUUGGCUUAUAUGUGUGUACAUAUACACAUAUGUAUAUUGUAUAUUGAUGUAUUGAUCCAAAACAGUUGUACAGUAGAAUGGAUAUAUUUAUAUAUAAGAAAGAAUCAAUGCAGUACUUAACCAAAUAUUAAUACAAUGCAUGCAUUCUCGAAUAAUGUUCAGUUAGAGUAAUUUGAAUGCACAAUAAAUCUUAUUCUUAAUAUAUACUGCAUUUAAUCGGAUAUUGUAUGUUAGUCACUAUAUUAUUGCAGACUUUAAAAGGUGUAUACAGAAGAUGCACAAAUUUAUAGACUCGUUGUACAUUACAUACACAUUAGGGAUCCACAAAAUAUUCUUCAUUUCAGUCUAUUGUGGGUUCCCUAAUACACAUUUAAAGGCCUUGUGUGUAUUUAUAUAAAUACCUCAUAGUCAUUUUGUCUGAAUAUCUGACUGGAGUGAUAAAUACAACAGCAAAGGUCAUACCCAGGGAGAGAUUGUAUAUUUGGGUGUUUGUAGGGGAAAAUAUUAUAUCCUGAAGGGGAACCAUGAUAUAUAACCCCCAAGCAGAGAAUUAGCCUUCAUCAUAUGGAGAGGAUGAACUAUUCAUUGUAAUUCACACUUGCAUUUAUUUUCCAUUUACAUUUAUAAUAGUAAAUAUAUAUAUGUACUGUAUGAAAUGGUGUCUUAGUAUUUGCAAUCAUUGUAAUUUCACUAAUCUGUCUAUUCAUAAAAACAUGUUGGUGAAUUUGAAAAUGAUGAAAUGACAAGACCCCAUGUUAUACAAUAUGUGUGAUAUAUCAGAUCUUUAAUCUACUUCAUGCUUAUAGGGAUAUUUGGAAACAGGAGCAAUUAAAUGUAGAGACUCUAUGUAUCUGUGGUUUUAGUGUAUGCUGAGAAUUUUCAUAGUAGAUAUAUUGAUGAUAUUAUACUAUAUUUAAGCAGAUAAUUGAUUGCAGUAGAGUAGCUUGUAUACAAAUGUGAAUAUAGGAUAAUGGAGUGAUCUCACAAGCUGGAUUAAGUGCUCACAAG